CCUCACCCAUCUUUAGCUAAAACGACUAUUAUUCCCAGGUCUUAUUUUGUUAAAUCGUCUCUUUAAUGCAACGAUUUCUGUAAGACUGUAAUUUCCCCUAGUAAAUAACAAUUUAACGGUCUAAUGUAAAUGUAAAUAUAAGGUUGGUGGUUUGACAUUAAUGUAAAAUCUAAUAAAAGCUAACUAGCUAGGUGGUUUCGGGGUCAAGGCUACGUCAGGAUGAGUGGAGGAGUCCGGCAGUCGUUGUUUUUCCUCGGGCUCCCAGACCUGAAGAAGCUGGUCUGUGUCACUCUGACGCUCCAGGAGGAAGACGGGGAGCCGAGGAGCAAACAGAUCAAGACCUGCAGAGAGCUGGUGCUGCUGUACUCUGAUGUCCUGGCCUCUCCUGCUCUGGACUCCUUCACUGACAUCACGGUGGUCAUGGCUAUCCCGUUUUUCCACAGAGGCAUCCUCCAGGUGUUUGGACAGAGACGCCGUCUGCAGCUGGGCUCUCCUCAGUGUGUGUUUCCAGGUGUCCUCCAGUGUUGUGUGUCCUACUCGCUGAUCACCAGACUGACUCCCGGCUGGAACAAAGCAGGACUCUACCUCAUCUGUGGAAAAGAUUUUCUGACUGAGAGCGGGAGGCUGAACGCCGUCAGCAUGGAGCUGAGCACCAGGGAGGGCCAGCUGUGCAUCAGCAUUGAGGCCAACACCGUCAGACUGCCCCCAACCACUCUGGAGGACUUUGACCUCCCUCCAUUAGUGCUGAGGAGGUUCUGCUGUGAUCCUGACUGCGUCCUCGACCCCUCCUCCACUGGUGGAGCCAUCUGGUGCCACGUCCUGCCCAGCAUGAAGAAAGGUCAGAUCAUCACCAUCAGCCGUCAGCUGCCCAGAGAUGGACCCUUCAGGACCUACAGAGACCUGCAGAACCACUGGGACCGCCUGUAUGGUUACAGGCUCCCUGAGCUGGCGGAGGAGGAGGUGGUGUACUGCAGUGUUUAUUUCAGACUGGUGGGAGAGAGACUCUUCACGUAUCCUCUGAGCUGCAUCCGCCUGCGCCCGGUGCAGCGCUGCCCCCGGGUCGACCUGCAGGGGGCGCUGGGCUCCUUCCUGUCUGACAUCAGGGACAGAGUGCAGAGUGUGUGUGGCCUCCCUGCACGGCUGACCAGCAAACCCUGUUACCACACAGCCAGUCUGAGCACCGCUGCGUCACUACAGGCGCUGAGCGGUGAGCAGGUCAACCUGACCACCUGCUCCUCCAUCAGACCCGUCCUCACCCAGCUCCCUCCUCUUCCUCCUCCUCCUCCUCCUCCUCCUCCCCGACCUAUGAGGCCCUCCUUUGGGUCGCAGCCACCGGCCAGGACCCCUCUCUCCCAGCAGGACGGAGCUCAGGGGCUUCUGGGUAACGGAUGUGGAUUUGGGAGCGGUCUGAGUCAAAGCCCAGGGUGUGGAGGAGUCAGAGACCGGCCUUCGUCAUCCUCCUCUUCCUCUUCCUCUUCCCUCUCACGUGUUUCUUUUUCCUUUUCUGAUUCCUCAGGUUACCAGUCAGCUACUUCCCUCUCCUCUUCCUGCUCUUCCUCCUCUUCCUCCUCUCUCCCGCUCUUCCAGACAGCUUCAUCCCUCACUUCCUCCUCCUCUUCAGUCCUCCCCCCUCUUCCUCCCCUGAGUCAAUCCUUGGUGAACCCUCCUCCUAAACUGGUUCCCAUCUUCAAGAACAAGCAUCCAUCACGCCACGUUAACGUCGCCCUGCUGCGGGUGCAGAAGCAGAGGGAGCAGCUGGGCGGAGGAGGGGAGGAGAGGAAGAGGAGGGUGACACUACCCUCGUUUGGGAAGAACAGACCUGCCACUGCUCCUCCUCUUCCUCCUCCUACUUCUUCUUCUUUUCCAUCCCUCCCAAUUCCUCUUCCAGUCUUUCCUCACUUCAACCGUCGCCCCAAACCCCACAUCAGCACCGGCCCUCCGCCGUCAGCUCACCCCAAAGUCAAGCACAUCUCCAGCCUCAGUCCUGCAUCUAAGACUCAACCCGGGUUCAUCCUCGCUCCAAAGCCAGAGAUGAAGCUUAAAACCAAGUCCAGCUCCAAAACCAGCGUGAGGUUCAGCUCUGAAAGCAAAACUGUUUGUGAUUCGAGCCACAAACUGCAGCAAGAAGCAACAAAACGAGCGUCAGCUGCACCGACUGAGGCUCCGCAACCUGCGACACUCUCCGACAUCUCCAACAAGGAUUCUUCCCACAGCAGACAGGAAGUUGUGUUUGAGUCCAAGCCGAAGAAGUCCAGAGCUGCUGUACGAGACGUGGAUGUGGAGAAAAUGGCCAGAAGCAACCAGUUGUCCAGGCUGAACUCUGCGACUCUCUCGUCCUGGUUGAGAGGAAGAGGAGUUCUAGUCGGCGCAAAACAGAAGAAGGAGGAGCUUAUGCUGAAGGUCAUGAGCUGCCUGGCCGAGGCCUGAGAGACACACACACACACACACACACACACACACACACACACACACACACACACACCAUAUCUACUUAAUAGACUUACUUUGGAGUAUUAACGCUGCACUAAGCUCCUCAUUGAAGGAUUUGAUGUAGAAUCUGGCCGUCAGCUGGAACAGAUGAGAGCUUCUCAUCCUCUAAUUGAAAUGCUGAAGAUUUGCCAAAGUGAAAUUCUCGUGUCCCAUAAAGUGACUGUGGGUCCACAGGAAGUGACAGAGUGAAACUACAGAGGGAAGUUCUCUCUCUCUCUCUCUGUCUCUCUCUCUGUCUCUCUCUCUGUCUCUCUCUCUCUCUGUCUCUCUCUGUCUCUCUCUCUCU